GUGGACUUUGACGUGGCACUCUCCUCUCUCGCUGAAGCACAAGUAUAUUCCGGGGACUCUGCGCUCUCAGAUUCCCUCCUUCUUGGCAGAGAAGACAGUAAAUCCAAUCUUCCCAUGAGUCAUCAGGGUUAUGUUGCCACUCCCCCAUACUCUCAGGCUCAGCCAGGGAUUGGGGGCUACCAGGGCGCAUAUGGAUCUGUUCCUGCACAACCCCUGUAUGGGCACUAUGGUGGACCACCUGCGGCUUUCAGUGAUCCAUCACCUCUCGCUUUUGUGAAACCUCCACUGUCCCCCGCCCAUGGUGUAUCACCACCUGUGUCCAACCAUUUCAACCCGAAUGCUGCCUGGAAUGGUACUCAUCCUCAAAGGUAUCCUUCCCCACCAGCCUCCUCUGGUGCACAUGGGCAACUGCCGCAGCCAGUGGUUGAAAGCAUGACUCCACCUCAACCAUCGGGACAACAGCUUACCAACCAAAUGAAUGCUAUGAACCUGGAAAACUAUGGCCCCAGACCAAUGCACAGUAUGCCACCUGCACCAAGUCCUGCCCUGCAGAAUCUUCACACUCUGUCUCAAUCUCCAGCACCACAGUCGCCUAACAUGCCUCCCCCUAGAGCACCCCCAACAAGCAUGCCAAUGACUGGUCUUCCUCCCAGCACUGGCCUGUCACAAGGAGCACCAACAGGUGUAGGACCACAGAUGACAGGGCAACUAAUGGGAGGAAAGCCAAUGCAAGGCAUGGGUCGAGCUUUUUCUGGGACUGUCCCUCCUGGUGCUGGAGGCUUUCAGACACCUGGACCUGUAGGUGCAUGUCCUUCUGGAUACCCACAGCAAGGAGCCCAGUUUGGAGGACCUAUGUGUGUUCCCCAGCCAAGUAUGCCAGGAGAUUUUCCAGCAGGACCAGGGUCACUUGCUGGACCACCUCAGAAGAAACUGGACCCAGACUGCAUUCCAAGUAUAAUCCAAGUCAUUGAGGAUGACAAAGCAAAGCAAGAAGGACAAGUCUUCAUCACUAAUAUCAGAGGUCAGGUCCCCCCAUUGGUGACGACAGACUUCACAGUCCAAGACCAAGGCAAUGCCAGUCCCAGAUUCAUGCGCUGUACCACCUAUUCUAUUCCUUGCACCACGGAUCUGGCCAAACAGUGUCAAGUUCCCCUGGCAUCCAUCAUUAAACCAUUUGCCAACUUGCCAAAGAAUGAGGCACCUCUGUAUGUUGCCAAUCAUGGCGAGUCUGGCCCAAUUCGCUGCAAUCGUUGUAAGGCCUACAUGUGUCCUUACAUGCAGUUCAUUGAUGGAGGCCGCAGAUUCCAGUGUGGGUUCUGCAACUGUGUCAACGAAGUUCCAGUUUUCUACUUCCAACACCUGGACCACAUGGGUCGCAGAGUGGACUUCUAUGAGAAACCUGAACUAUCUCUGGGGUCCUAUGAAUUUGUUGCCACCAUGGACUACUGCAAGAACAACAAGCCUCCCAAUCCUCCAUCCUUUAUCUUCAUGAUUGAUGUUUCCUACAACAACAUCAAAAGCGGACUCGUCAAACUGAUAUGUAAAGAACUGAAGAUUCUGCUGGACAAGCUGCCCAGAGAGGAGGGAGUAGAAAGCUCUGCCAUCAAGGUGGGCUUUGUCACCUACAACAAGGUCCUCCAUUUCUACAAUGUGAAAAGUGCUCUGGUGCAGCCUCAGAUGAUGGUUGUGUCAGACACUGCAGAGAUGUUUGUGCCUCUGCUUGAUGGUUUUCUUGUCAACUACCAGGAAUCCAGAGCUGUCAUUUACAACUUGCUGGACCAAAUCCCUGACAUGUUUGCAGACACUGGGGAGAGCGAGACUGUCUUUGCUCCUGUGAUCCAGGCUGGUGUGGAGGCUUUAAAGUCAGCAGAAUGUAGUGGCAAGCUCUUCAUAUUCCACUCCUCCAUGCCGACGGCUGAAGCUCCUGGAAAACUGAAAAAUAGAGAUGACAAAAAGUUGGUCAGUACAGACAAAGAGAAGACCCUGUUCCAGCCUCAGAAAGGAGUGUAUGAGCUGCUGACCAAGGAGUGUGUGGCUCACGGCUGCUGCGUGGAUCUCUUCCUUUUCCCUAAUCAGUACGUGGACUUGACAACCAUGGGAGAUGUGCCAUCUCAUACAGGAGGUUCUGUGUACAAGUACAACAACUUCCAGGUGGAGACGGAUGGAGAACAUUUCCUCAGAGAUCUGAGGAAAGAUGUUCAGAAAAGCAUUGGAUUUGAUGCCAUCAUGCGUAUCCGUACUAGCACAGGCUUCAGAGCCACCGACUUCUUUGGUGCCAUCCACAUGAACAACACCACAGAUGUUGAGAUGGCAGCAGUGGACUGUGAUAAAGCUGUGACGGUGGAAUUCAAGCAUGACGACACUCUCAGUGAGGAGAGCGGUGCCCUGAUACAGUGCGCCUUGCUUUAUACCACCAUCAGCGGGCAGCGGCGCCUUCGUAUCCACAACCUCAGUCUGAACUGCACCUCACAAUUGUCUGAGCUGUACAAGAGCUGCGAGACUGACUCGCUCAUCAACUUUUUUGCCAAAUCAGCAUACCGCGCCAUUCUGAACCAGCCGCUGAAGAACGUGAGGGAGAUCUUGGUCGGCCAGACAGCCCACAUGUUGGCCUGUUACAGGAAGAACUGUGCCAGCCCCUCUGCUGCGAGCCAGUUGAUCUUGCCCGAUUCCAUGAAGGUUUUCCCUGCCUACAUCAACAGCCUGUUGAAAACUCCUCCAUUGAUUGGCAGCUCAGAACUCGCCACAGAUGACCGGGCUCAUCAGAGACUGUCAGUCAUCGCCAUGGGGGUGGAGGACACUCAGCUGCUGCUAUAUCCACGUCUCCUCCCGCUGCACAACACAGGCAUGAGCGACCAGGGUCUGCCUGUUGCAGUGCGUUGUUCAGAAGAACGUCUGGCUGACAAUGGAAUGUUCCUACUGGAAAAUGGCCACUCCAUGUUUUUGUGGCUGGGGCAAGCAUGCCCACCUGAUCUGAUCCAGAGUGUCUUUGAUGUGCCGUCGGUGGCCCACGUGCAGGGACCUACGCCCUCUCUGCCACAGCUGGACAACGCACAGUCGAAGAUGACCCGAUCCUUCAUCAACAGCAUUUUUGAAAAGAGACCAAACUCUAUGAAACUUCAGGUGGUUCGGCAGAAGGACAGGCCUGAAAUGUUGUUCCGUCAGUUCCUGGUGGAGGACAAGGGUCUUCAUGGAGGUGCUUCCUACAUGGAUUUCCUCUGCUACGUCCACCGGGAAAUCAGGCAGCUGCUCACAUAACAUCUCAGCUGAUCCUUCCUGCGUGGUUUUCAGUGGCUGCAAAGAUCCUGGAGGGAAGAAGAAAGUCCACAUAGAUCGAUUAACUUUUGAGAUCAGCUCUCGAGAGUCCUGCUGCCUUCUGAAAGCAGUGUUUUUCCCACUGAACAUAUGUAACAGACUUGAGAAACUGACAACAAAUAGUGGCAUUUUGGCAGACUCUUCACCAAAGCAAGAGCAAUAAAUGGUUCGGCUACUUUCAGGGAGGGAAUGAGACUGGUGGCUUCUUUGUGAGCCGAUCUGAAAAAAAUGCUUCAUACUCAAAUUGUAUACUACUACAGUUAUCAAAUAUUGUGUGUCUCACAUUCAGCUCAGAAAUAAUUGGAAAGCAUGCUUAUUUUUUUCUUACAUUUUCAGUCAUUCCUAUAUCAAGUUGUGAAUUAAUUGUGGAUCAGGUAACGCUGGAGGAAUUCAAAGGAAUAUUUAGUUUGAAUGACAGAUGUGAUGAUCAGUUAUCAGUGAUUAGGUGGGAUUAGGUGAUUGACAUUUUAGCUGAAAUCUGAUCUCUGCUUUAUUUUAUUUCGGCAACAUAAAUGGAGGCCAAGGGCCUCAUUUAUCGACCGUUCAUGGUGUGAGUACUAACAUUCCCACUCUGAGUGUGGUAUUUAUCAAUUUGUAUUUGUGCUUCGGAUUGUGUGGACAUUGACAAACAGCUAUGACCAUGCGCACACACCAAAUCUAGCCGUAGAACAGUGAAACAAACAGAUACAGAUACAAACAGAAGCCAUUAGAAAGUGAACGUCUGUCAUGCAUAAGAGGUUCGCAAAAUGGAAACCGGGUGUAGGUAUCAAAUGUGUCCGCUUACCAAAUGUGUCCUACCUGCCGCGGGGUGAUUACGUCAUAUCCGGCAUGUACGAUAUCUUUUUUCUAAAUGUUUUAAUGAGCCAGCGGAAAUUGAAAUAAAGGAUUACAAGGCGAUUUCCACCACUUGCGUAGCAUUUAUUUCCAGAAAUCACAGUACACAGUCUUACACAGUCUUCACAUUAGUCACUUAUAAAUAUCCAGAUACAUUUUUAUUCAUUUACCAGGGAAAAUAUGCAUCUAUGAAGGAGUUUUUACCCCUACCAAAUUGGCCCUACCCCUUCCACGUUAGCUGAAAGAUGUGUCGCGAUUGGCUGACAUGUGCGGGGCAUUAUUUUAUUUUAUGUCGCACAAAAAUCAAAGUAGACUCCACAGCAGAUAAUUUUGUACAUCUGAAGGUAUUUUUAGUCGUGAAGUCGUAAAAGCAAUCCAGCCAAUCACAACAUCUAUUAUGAUUUCUUGUGCGAUAUUAAGGAAAAACAAAGCUCCAUACAUGGCCGCCAAUCACAACGCAUUGUUCUACAGACUGCAGAGUAGAACAGACAUAAACUUCGCGAACGAUUUGAUGACAAACAUCACAUUUUGUGGAAAUAAAUGAUAUGCAUGUGGUAGAAAUCGCCCUGAAAUCCUUAAUUUCAAUUUCUUCUGGCUCAUUCAAACAUUUAAAAAAGGAUAUCGUAUAUGCCGUUUGUGACGCCAUCACUCCGCGGUAGGUAGGACACAUUUGGUACCUACACCGGAUUCACGACUUGGUCGUCACACACCGAUCCGAGUGCAGUUUUCUGAGCUGUUGAAGAACCAUCACAUUGUUGUAUUGACUAUUUUCAUUUGAAUCAAAC